CUUGGUGGGGACACGGUGGAGGGAAAGAAGGAGAUAUUUAGUUUUUUGAGGGCAACUGGAAUAAGUAAAAGGAUAUAAGAGAUCCAGACAGCAAUACAUGGUUAGAUCCAGAAGGAGGCGGUAAUGCAACUAAAAAGGAUGCAACUGCCGUAAAACACCAAAGAAGAAGAAGAAGAACAACAACUUUAAACUUGAACAGGGAGAUUAGUGUCUAUGUGUAUGGUGCGUAUAUGCUCUUACAUGCUCUUUAUUGUUCUCACUGAUAGUUCACUCACUGGACUUAUGGUCUAUGGUUUAUUUCCCCGGGAUAUGUAUUAUUUUAGCAUUUAAGACUGAAUCAGUGGUGGUGUGAUACUAUAAGAUAAUUGGUGGAGAUGCAUUCCUCAGCCCUCUUCUUGAUUGUGCCUCUGAUUUUCACACUGCCUGGUGUCAAUGGGGGCAAGGUCCUUGUUUACCCAGAGGAUGCCAGCCAUUGGGUUAACAUGAGACUCUUGAUUGAAGAGCUACACUUGAGAGGCCACAGCGUUUCUGUGGUGCGACCUUCAGACAGCUGGUACAUCAAGGAGACGUCCCCUCACUACACCUCAAUCACAAUCGAUGGCACAGGGGUAUCUGAAGAAUUUUUUGUCUCAUUUGGGUCUAGAUUGCUGCAGAUACAAAGACAAAGCAGAUCUUUUUGGACAAGUUUUAAACUAGGAAUGGAGAUGCUGGGGAUAGGAACUGACAUUGUAACAAAGGAAUGUGAAAUGUUGAUCCAAAUGUUUGAAAAUCAGGGACUGAUGCAGUCUCUGCAAAUUUCUCAGUAUGAUGUGGUUCUGACUGACCCUGUUGUGGCUGGUGGGGUUCUUUUAGCCCAUUACCUUAGUUUACCUCUUGUUUACAAUGUUCGAUGGACUGUAAUGGGUGAAGGGCAUUUUGCAAUUGCUCCAUCUCCUUUGUCCUACGUUCCUAUUCCAGGACAAGAGCUAACGGACACCAUGAACUUUUUCCAGAGAAUUGAGAACAUGCUAACUCACUGUGUGUCGUGGUUUCAUGUGGAAUAUAAUAUAAAACCUCUUGUCAAUUCUUUGUCUCAUCGCUAUAUUGGCUCUGAGUUAGACUUCAUCCAGCUUGUUCAGGCAGCAGAUAUUUGGCUCAUGAGGGUAGAUUUUGUCUUUGAGUUCCCACGCCCCACUAUGCCUAACGUUGUAUAUAUGGGUGGAUUUCAAUGCAAACCUGCUAAUCCCCUUCCAGAGGACCUGGAGGAGUUUGUUCAGAGCUCUGGAGAACAUGGUGUCAUUAUUAUGUCCUUGGGAACAAUAUUCAGUGAGCUUCCCCAUGAUUUAGCAGAUGAGAUAGCUGCUGCUUUUGCCCAGUUGCCUCAGAGAGUUAUUUGGAGGCACACAGGGGACAGGCCUGCUACUCUGGGCAACAACACUCGGCUGGUCUCCUGGAUGCCUCAAAAUGACCUCCUGGGACAUCCUAAGAUCAGAGUCUUUGUUGCUCAUGGGGGAACCAAUGGAAUUCAAGAGGCCAUUUAUCAUGGCAUUCCAAUAGUUGGUCUCCCACUCAUUUUUGACCAGCCUGACAACCUUAAUAGAAUGAAAGUGAAGGGGGCAGCAAAGAUAGUGGAUAUUGUGACUUUAGACAGGAACAUCUUCCUCAAGGCCUUACAGGAAGUGCUCUAUGAGCCCUCCUAUAGGAUGAAUAUGCAGAGGCUCUCCAUGCUGCACCGUGACCAGCCAAUGAAGCCACUGGACCAUGCCCUCUUCUGGAUCGAGUUUGUCAUGAGACACAAGGGUGCCGCUCACCUACGCACAGAGUCUUACAGGAUGCCCUGGUAUGUCUACCACUCAGUGGAUGUCAUCGGGGUCUUGCUGGCUGCCAUGUUGUUCAUCUUACUGAUUAUAAUGUUUGUUAUCAAGUAUCUGUGCUGCAGGGUGCUCUGUAAAAGAAAAAUUAAACCUGAAUAAGUGCUAAAACUUUUCAAUUUUAUUGACAAGAAAGAGGCUGCAUGCCAUUUUUACCUUCAGAAGGCCAAUUAUGGUAAAUUCACCUUCAGGUUCCAAACUUUUCUCCCCAAACUGGCUGUAGAGGCAAGGCAAGGCAAGUUUAUUUGUAUAGCACAUUACAACCAGGCAGUUCAAAGUGCUUUACAUAAAACUACAGCUGCACAGAUACUCAAGAUGACAGAAAUGAUGUCUUGUGAGUAGAGCCCGACCGAUAUAUCGGUUUGGCCGAUAUAUUUGGCCGGUAUCGGCCAUUAUUUGACUUUUUUGACGACAUCGGGAUCGGCAGUUAUGCAGCC